CUUACAUCCUUGGAGGGUAUCCAGUCCCUUUCAAGACUAAAGGAGUUACAUGUGCAAAAGAACCACUUAACAGACUUGUUCCCCCUGGUGAGCAGCCUGGGACUGGUGGUGCUGAAUGCUGCUGAUAACCACCUACAGUCUCUGUCUGACACUGUGGACGUGCUGAGGGGGCUGAAGAGACUACAUGAACUCUACCUGAUGGGAAACCCACUUCAGAAAGAGAACAGGUACAAUGCUGCCUUGACCACGUCAACAUCAGUGGUGAUGCUGGAUGGACACAACAUCAGUAGUGGUGCAGCAAAACCUACAGUGGCACAGGUCAUGCAGCCCCUCCUCCUGCCUGCAGGGGACCGGCCCCAAGCCUUUGACAGACCUGAAGUCAGCAGCACGGAAAAUUCUCUAUGAACCAAUCGAGAGACCAAACAUGAGAAUGGACGAAAAUGUACACUACUUACAGCAGAAGUACAUGGAUCACCUGUCCUUAGAUGACAUGUCUGGUGCCACACAGAACAUGCUGAGGGACAUGAUGGCUAGGCCUGGCCCAGCUCCGUGGACUGAGCCCCCCAAGGUUGAGCAAGAGAAAGCUGCAUCAAGUCAUAGUACAAGAGAUGGAACAAAGCCAAAGAGCCAGUAUAAGGGUGUGACUGAACCUGAUGAGGUCCUUAAGGCUGCAGCAGAACUUCUGUCCAAGUCAAGACAAGACGGGGAUACAGACAGCCUCAAUUCUGACUUAUUAUCCUGACAGAAUAUUCUUUCACACAUUCUAUGUAUCAUUUAAACCAAAACUUUUAUUCAAAUUAACUUUGAUCUUUUUGUGAAUUUCAAAUGUUGUAUAUUUAGCAACUACUUUUACCGGAGAUUUCUUCAGGAAUGCAAUGUUGUGCAAAGCAUAGAGUGACACUUACUUGGUUGCAACUUAAUUAGUUUACAGCAUUUCGCUGUUACAGUAGCUUUAUUUGUUAACAUAUUUAUCAAACAAUAGAUGUUGCCAACCACACACCCUACCCCAAAGUGGAUGAACUCCCAUGGUACCAUGUAAAAAUUUUACUGUUACUACUGUCAGGAUUAAUUUGUGUUGUACUUGUAGUGGAGCCUGAGUAGAAACUCUUCACAGUACAACACAUGCUCAGUCUAACUUCUCACUGGAAAUACUGUGUAGUAAAUGAAACUGUCUUGGUGACUAAGUUACAAGAAUCUCCUUGCUUAAAGUUAUAUAUUUCCAUAUGCCCAGCGCUUUGGAAUAAAGACUCAUGGUAGAACCAACCAUGUACUUAAGGUUACAUAUGAAUUUGAUGUUUUCCUUAUUCUUGUGCAUAUAUGAGCUGUUUCUGAUGAAUACUUUUUCCUUAAAAAUGUACCAUCAUUUGUGUACCAUAUUAUAUUGUGAACGGCCAUUGGACAAACUUCAACUGAGGCAAUGUUCAAGAAUCUUGAUUUGAUGUUGAUCUCUGGCAAUCAUCUCAUUUAAAGUCAUACUUAAGAUGUGAAAAGAGUGCCCUGGGACAGAUCUACGGCUGAUCUGAUUACAAUAUUAGUUGAUUUUAUUUUCAGAAAAUGCCUUUUUGAAAAUAACAUGCAAUUCUGGGGUAGAGUCCCACUUAAAGUAAAAUUUGAAACACAUCAUUAAUCUUAGGCAUAUGAUUCACUACUGUGACUAGCAGUAACUGGAUUUUGAAGAAAAUAGACAAAACUAAAACUGACAUUUACCUCAGGGACUGUAACGUUAACAGUUAAACUGAAAGUGAGCAAACAUUAUUUUACAGCAAUGACAUUGUAUGGAGAUUUCCCAUUGGCAUGAUGUAUUGUAUGUAGGGCAUUGGUGACCAUUGCAUUGACAGUUAUUACUUAGCUUUGUCCAAAGAGUCUGGCAUAUUCAUUAUUGGUAACUUUAAAAUGACAUGCACUGUUGAGUCUAGCUGAAGCUGUAAAAUUUGUGAUUGACAUUUUCACCUGAAACUUGUUUGGGUUAACGUUAGAAGUGCAAAGGAUCUUGGAAGAUGUUGUACCAUGUCAGCUUGACAUAGUUUGUUGCCUUCUUGGUAUGUGAUUUUUAUUAAAUCAUCAUUUAUUUCUUUUUCUA